AAAAGCGAAAAGCUCCGGUCUCUCGUCCAUUUCUAUCGCAAUACGUUUUGAUGCACUUAAUCGCACUGGCAAGAAGGCACAAAAUACACCAAGAUUGUUUUCCACGCUAAGCGUUCUUCAUAGUCCGCGGUAUUAUUUUUCGCUGUCUUUCCGACUUUUAUUUCUGGAGAGGUAACGUGCAUUCACACUGCCAUAGCCAGCUCCAUUCCAGCCAAUCACUCUCUUGUGCCACCGGAGCACCUUCCAAAUUCAGGUUUGCCUUCGACAUUAUCAUGCAGUCAUCCAUAGUUGUAUUUUCAGCCGUCUUCGCGGCAGUGCUAUUAGGCUUGGCUUCAGCCGCAGAUGUGCUUCCACAACAACGAGAGAGAAGAGCCCCGUCAAAUGAUCUAGAGGGAUUCGAACCGGCAACCUGGGAUGGUACAGAUGACGUAGAUGACUUCAGACCAAAUGAAUAUGCUAAAAGGAUAGCUGAUAACGACUUUGCCGCCAUGCGACAUGAGCAACGAACGAAUUCCUUAAGGCGAAACCGGGUACUCCAGGCGAUGAACGAAAUGUUUGCUAAAGCAGGAAAACGCUCGUACAAUGAUAAGAGAUCACUAGCACAGAAUGACUAUAUGAUGGUAAGACAGGAUCUCGCCAAUGGAAGGCUUUAUCGAUCACUACUCGAUAGGAUGCUAUCGGAAGCGGGGAAACGCUAGGCUUCAUCACCAGUAGUCAGGACCAAGAUAGUAAAAGGACAAGUCCACCCCAACAAAAACUUGAUUUGAAUAAAAAGAGAAAAAUUCAAC